AUGGCCUCAGACAAGAAGAUGUUGGACAGGCCGCCUAGUGAGGACCCUUUGCAGUGCGAGACGAUUGAAGACAUUGGGGCGAUCGAAGAUGAAGCCACGGUCAAAAGAAUCAACAGGAAGAUUGACCGUAGAAUCUGCAUUGUCCUGGGCGUCCUGUACACGAUUGCUGUCAUAGAUCGUGUUAAUCUUCCAUUAGCCGAAGGAAACGCAUACUCGCUUUUGAUCCUUUGCUUUUUCCCGUUCUACAUCGCCUUCCAGCCAGUGAUGACCCCAAUUUCUCGGAAGCUCCGUCCUCGUCGAUUCUUAUCUGGCAUUGUUAUAUCUUGGGGCCUUGUAAUGGCUGGCCAUGGCCUUGUGCACGACUGGCGUGCCAUGCUCGCCCUUCGCUGCUUGCUUGGAAUUUUCGAAGCUGGGUUCUUUUCUACCAGUGUUUACCUCAUUAGUACCUGGUACAUUCGGAGCGAAGUGGCAACACGAAAUGCCGCCUUUUACUUGGUGGGCGUUUUCUUUGCCGGAUUUGGAGGUGUUCUUGCGUACGGACUCUCGAGGAUGGAUGGCGUGGGAGGCUAUGCUGGUUGGAGAUGGAUUUUCAUAAUCGAGGGGAUCAUCACCAUCGUCGGGGGAUGCCUAGCAUAUAUCCUUAUCGUUGAUUUCCCUGAACAGGCAGCUCACUCGUGGAAAUUCCUCACCGAGGAAGAGGCCAGAAUUAUCAUAGAACGAGUUGAGCGUGACCGCGGCGACACAAUCAUACCGCCCUUCGAAUUGUGGCCGUACCUUGCAAAUGCCCUGGAUUGGAAAAUAUGGUUCUUUGCUGCAAACUUUGGCCUCACAUCAACCGUUACAUAUGCGACGGCGUACUUUAUGCCGAUCAUUCUCCGUGAAGAUAUGGGAUUCAGCGAAGUCGCAACACAGUGUCUCUCGACCCCGGCAGUCGCCGUUGCAGCAAUUCUCGGCCAGUUCGAAGCUUACCUCUCCGAUCGUUUCCGUCUGCGAAGCCCGUUCAUGAUCUUUAACGCAGCUCUGAUAAUAAUUGGUAUUAUUCUCCUUGGCUUCGUGGAAGUCACGGGGGUGCGAUUCUUUGGAUGUUUCCUGAUCGUGGGAGGUGCAAAUGCCAAUAUUCCUCUGACUCUGACAUACCAAGCCAACAAUAUUGUGGGCCAAUGGAAACGAGCAUUCUGCUCUGCAACCCUUAUCGGUGCUGGUGCCGUCGGUGGAAUCAUUGGGUCUUUGACCUUCCGCAGUCAGGAUGCUCCAGCUUAUCGUCCAGGUCUUUAUACUUGCCUAACUGCUGGAGCGCUGGUGAUCCUCUCCGUUUUAAUUACAACGGCAUACUUUGCCGUCUCCAAUAAGAGGCAACGACAAGGGAAAUUGAUAAUUGAGAAAAUGGAUGGUUUCAGGUAUACUCACUAA